AUGUCCACUGCUCCUUCAGUUCCUCCGCUAGACGCAACUGCACUUACAGUUCGGGAAUACAUUUCUCACAUACUUCAUAAUCAUUACGAUGUCCCAAAGCAUGAGGCCGAGAGCCUGGCCACGCAAUGGAAAUAUGGUCGCGGGUCAGAGCUCAGAACCUUUGACGUCGAUGUAUUUCGCUCGAUAUUUGGUGUUGAGGCAGGCACGUUGUUGUUUGCAUAUUUGAGGAACGAAUUGGGUCCGUUGAAGGCUGGCUCAAACAAAAAGCUAGCAGGCGGAGGGGCGGCUCAGAGGGCUGAAAGGGAUAUUUUUGGGUUAACUCCUGGCUUAUCUAUCGUCUAUUUAACGUUGACCUUCAGUGUUGUCUUCGGCUUUACAUUGUGGUAUGAAAUGGGUACAGCAAGUUCUGCGAAAAUCGAGGCCCUGAUCGACAAGGAGGAUUUUGUAGAAGCGAAGAAAGGUGAUGGUAGCAGUAGUCAAUUAUUAGCAGGUGAUUUCAACUAUGGAGCUAAUCGGAGGAAAACGAUUUGGGGAGGCCCAAAGCCGGUGUUGGGACAUGGUAUACAUAGUUAUUUAUUUCAAGUGGUGGGAUUGAGUGAAGAGUUGGAUGCAACUGAAAAGGUUGGGAGGAAAGAGCUUGGGGGCUUGCUGGAAGACAAAGUUUUGGGGAGAGUGGGUGGGGACUUAUGGGAGGAAGUUGGAAUGAGAAGUGAUCGGAAUUCUGGACAUGACUUCAUGAUAACUGGAGACAGAUGGAUAAUAAUCGAGAGAGAGGAUUUGUUUGGCUCAGAUCAUCUAAUUGUUUAA